AGGGAAGUAGCGACGGCCAGCUGCUGAGAGGCCACGGAGCCAGCGACGACCGCACCAGUCGCUCCCUCGUCGCCGCCGCCGCACCCCCAUGGCGGCCACCAAGGAUUUGCAUGAGGAUCGGGACACCACCGAAAACAUAGAUGAGUCUAACCACGACCCCCAGUUCGAGCCGAUUGUUUCCCUACCCGAACAAGAAAUUAAGACGCUGGAGGAAGAUGAAGAAGAGCUUUUUAAAAUGCGAGCAAAGCUGUACCGUUUUGCCUCGGAGAACGACCUCCCAGAGUGGAAGGAGCGGGGAACGGGCGACGUGAAGCUCCUGAAGCACAAGGAGAAGGGGAGCAUCCGCUUGCUCAUGCGCAGGGAUAAGACUCUGAAGAUAUGUGCCAACCACUACAUCACACCGCUGAUGGAGCUGAAGCCGAACGCAGGCAGUGACCGAGCCUGGGUCUGGAACACCCAUGCCGACUUUGCCGAUGAGUGCCCCAAGCCAGAGCUGCUCGCCAUCCGGUUUCUAAAUGCUGAAAAUGCACAGAAAUUCAAAACAAAGUUUGAAGAGUGCAGGAAAGAGAUCGAAGAGAGAGAAAAGAAAGCGGGGGCAGGGAAAACGGACGCAGAGAAGGUGGCGGAGAAGCUAGAAGCUCUUUCUGUGAAGGUGGACAGUGAAGAGGCUUCUGGGACCAAGGCACCUGAAGGCGAGGAGGCCAAGGAGAAGGUGGAAGAAAAGCAAUAAAUGGGCUUAUAUUAUUCCUUCUCCCUUUCUUUUCCUUAUUUUUUUAAUCCCACCUCCUUUUGAAUUUAUUUUUAUUGUUUUGUUUACAAGGAACUUUAUAUGAAGCAGUUUGAACUCCCAACAUCCAGACUUUUGUUUUUCCUUUGAAAUUUUUUGUUUUUGCUCGUCCUCUUGAAGACGAUUUCAGAAAAUCCAUUCCCCAGUCAUGAAAAUGUACUGUGCUCACUUUUUUUUUCCAUAGUGGAAACACUUAUUUAUAGUUAUCAACAAUAGAGAAUAAAAAUGGCAUUUGAUAACUGCA